GUAGUUACGACGUUCUAGGAUUUAUUUUAGUUCAUGGAACGUUUAUAGGAGGACUUGAAGUGCAGAUAUUUAUCGAUUUAGUUAUGCUUCCACCAAAGCUUUCAGGAAAAUACUCAAGGUGGUCCAGCCUGAAAAAUCUUUGCCAUUUAAAUACGUCAGCUGUGUACCGUAAGAAUUGACCACAGAAACAUGUGACUCACGAUGACUAGUACGGCACAAGGCUAUUGGACCCUCGUCUUCUAUACUCUGUUGGGACUGAUGCCCAGGGGACUAGGGAGGGUCGUGAUGACGUCACAAGGUCCAGUGUCCGGACUUGUUGUCACUGGAGCAGACGUCGAGAUGUUUCGAGGGUUGCCGUACGCCAAGGUCGUGAGGUUCUCCCCUCCAGAAGCUCUCCAUCCGAGGUCGCGAGUGAGGCCGGCGACUGCCUUCAGUCCAGCGUGUCCUCAGACGUUGGCCUCGGAGACCAACAGAGGUAUGCAGCAUCUACAGGCAGCUUCAGCCUCCUUGCGAGCUCAGAGCGAAGACUGCCUGACUCUCAACAUCUACGCACCAUUGCAAGCUUCAACAAAAUCCAGACACCCUGUGAUGGUGUUUGUGGACGGUGAAGGAUUUCAAUGGGGAGGAGGACACUUGUACGACGGUACGAUGCUCGCUAGUAGAGGGAGAAUAGUCGUGGUGACAGUCAACUACAGAUUGGGAGUACUAGGUAAGUUGCAUUAG